AUGGAAACCAAGUCCAAGACAGGCAAAUCAGCUUGUUACCGCUGUGGUGUUGAAACCCACCAAGCACCACAAUGCCGUUUCAAGGACUCAGAAUGCCACUUCUGCGGAAUUAAAGGACACAUCUCGAAGGUAUGCAGAAAGAAAAAUUCUGCAACUAUUAAAAGCUCAAAGACGCCGGUAAAACUCAUCCAUGAAAUCAAAGCAGUGAAUGAAAGAUCCUUGCCAAAGCUGGAAGUACCUAUCAAGAUCCAAGGGCAAACAUGCACAAUGGAACUGGAUACUGCAACGAAUGGGAACUUCAUUUCAAAGCAGACAUGGAAGGAUUUGGGAAGUCCAAAUCUUCAGAAGCCUGAUUUACACUAUGAAUCAGCAAGUAAACAUAGUUUACCAAUCAUUGGUACGUUCGUCGCCAAAACGUCAACACAGGAGUCAGAGGAGACACGUGAUAUCAAGUAUACAGUGUCAGAAAUCCCAGAACUUAACCUAUUGGGACGAACUGCUACUAAGGAGCUGGGCAUCUCUGUAGACCAAGCACUCAACGAUGUCGAAUCAUGUCAUGCAGUCUUUAGCAAUCUAAAGGCCGACAUCAAACUACAGGAGAAAUGCAAGAAAUUGUGCAAUGAAUUUAAAGAUUUAUGGAAACCGGAAUUAGGAUGCCUCAAGGACUAUGAACUCGAAGUAAAGUUUAAGCCCAAUGUCCAGCCUAUCUUCAGGAAAGCACGGCCAGUUCCAUUUGCCAUGGAAGCUGAUUUGGAAGAAGAAUACCAGAAAGGUAUAACAAAAGGAGUAUGGGAAGCCACACAAUUUUGUCAAUUUGGGACUCCAGUGGUUCCUAUCAAGAAGGCUGUGCUCCCAGGACAAAAUAAACCCAAGAUCAGAGUCUGUGGGGAUUAUUCUGUCACAGUCAACCAUCAACUGGAGGAACAUCGACACCCGCUUCCUCUCCCCGAAGAUCUUAUGAGAAGAUUGGGAGGAGGAUAUGGAUUCACCAAAAUUGACUUGGCAGAUGCAUAUAACCAAAUCAAGCUUGCGCCGGAAAGUCAACGAAGACUAGCACUUAGCACUCAUAAGGGAGUGCUUUUGCAGAAAAGACUUCCAUUUGGUAUCAAAUCUGCCCCCGGAUACUUUCAACAGAUCAUGGAUCAGCUCACCGUAGACCUUCCUGGUGUGGCUACCUAUCUGGAUGACAUCCUUGUAAGCGGAAUUGAUGCUGAGGACCACCUGAGCAAUCUUCGGCGUUUGCUCCAAAGACUGCAAGACAAAGGUCUCCGUUGUCGACAGGAAAAAUGUCACUUUGCCCAGCCAUAUGUUGAGUAUUUGGGACAUCUACUGUCACAACAAGGAAUCGCAAAAGGUCCUAAGGUAGAUGCUGUUCUUAAAAUGACAGCUCCUACAAACGUUUCAAGUCUUAAAGCUUUCCUAGGAUCGGUCCAGUUCUAUGCCAAAUUCCUACCAUCAGAACUAGCUACAAUAGCAGAGCCUUUGUACAAGCUGACAAAGAAGACGGUCAAGUGGAAAUGGCAACAAGAACACCAAAAGUCUUUCCAACGUCUGAAAGACUUGCUUUCUUCAGAGAAUGUCCUGGUUCAUUUUGAAGAGAAACACAUCCUAGGUCUGGCAUGCGACGCUUCAAACGUUGGAAUUGGAGCCGUAUUAUUUCAUCGUUUUGCAGAUGGAAGCGAGCGCCCAAUUGCCAAUGUCUCCAAAACUCUCACAGAAAGUCAAAGGAACUAUAGCCAAAUCCAAAAAGAAGCCCUGGCAAUUGUGUUUGGAUUGAAGAAGUUCUACCAGUACCUAUUUGGACGGAAGUUUGUACUGGUCACAGAUCAUCGACCACUGUUAGCCUUAUUUGGGCCUGGAAAAGAUGUUCCUCUAAUGGCUGCUAACCGACUGGCUCGUUGGGCUCUAAUGUUAAGCCAAUUCAACUACAAGAUUGAAUUCAGGAAGACUAAGGAUCACGCUAAUGCUGACGCUCUCAGUCGUCUACCUCUACAGGAAAGUGUAGAUGACACAGUAAUGGUCUGCCAGAUACAGACAAUUGACGAGAAAGUCACUCCAGCAGAACAAGGAUCUCUUGCAAGAGAGUCAGCAAAGGAUCCAAUAAUCUCAAUGGUAAUGAGAUUCAUUCGAGAAGGCUGGCAACCAAAGAAGAACGAUGAAGGAACGGAAAUGCACAGAUUCCGACAGGUUGCUACUUUACUGUCCAUAUGUAAUGGUUGUUUAGUCCAUGGGUCGAGAGUGGUGAUUCCAGCAAGCAUGAGAAGAAACGUUCUGGGACUUCUUCACCUAGGACACUUUGGAAUGCAGCGAAUGAAGCAACUGGCUCGCACGGCUGUCUAUUGGCCAAACAUCGAUGAGGAUAUUGAGGCCACAUGCAGACACUGCAUACCUUGCGAUGUAACUGGAAAAAUCAUUACAACUGAUACUAUACGGCUUACAUAA